UUAAUAAAUUUGAAAAUCUUUACGAUUUUUUAAAUAUCUUUUAAUUUGAAUAAUAUGUAAUAAAUACCUAAAUAUUGAUAGAUUAAGAUCUAUUUAUGUUCUUGAGAUAUCUUUCUCUGAAUAGUAAAUUGAAUGGGUAGAGGUUAAGCAUAAAAGGUUUUGUUAGAACUUAGUCGCAUUAGACAUCCUAUCUGUGGAUAAGAAAUUAGAUUUUCAUUUUUUGUAUUUUACCCUCCUACACAGUGUUUUUACUAAUGUUGACAAUAUUUCUAAUAUCCCUAAUAUUUUUGUUUUUAUUGUAGAGGAUAUUGUUAUCCAGUGAUCCCCUGCUUUCAAUUAAAACAAAUACAGUAUUUAACUCACAAGAAGAUUAGACAUUCGGGUCUCUAAUUCAAAUGAAAUUUUGAUUAGCAUGUAGCCUUAAUUAAACACAAACAGCUCCUUGUCCAAAUAUUAAGGGGACCGGAAAGUAAUAAUGUUUUUUUACAUUAAAUUCAAACAAAUAAAUUUUUAACUUGGUUUUUAUUUUUAAUCAAUGAUGUAAUCACCCUUGUUAUCAACAACCUUUUGCCAUCUAGUGUGCAAAUUUUCAAUGCUGGAUCAAUAAAAAUCAAUUGGUUUUUUGAGCAAAAUAUCUGGAGAUGGCAUUUUGGAUAUCAUCCAAAUUUUCAAAUUUUUUGUUUUGUAGAAAGUGUUGUAGUGAUUGGAAUAAAUAGAAAUCUGAUGGUACAAUGUUGGGUGAGGCAGUACCUCCCACCCCAAUUUAUUAAUUUUUUCAGGGUUUGUCUUGCACAGUGCGGUCUUGCAUAUUGUGUUGCAGCCUUUUCCGUUGAUAAUUGCUGGCCACUAUUCAAUUAAAGAUUGAUUUACUUGAUCCAAUUGUUCACAGUUUGCCCAGGUUUCAGCACUUCAAAAUGAACAAUUUCGUGAAUACUCCACCAAACACACAAAAGUGCCUUUUUGGGAUGUAAACCUGGCUUAGCAGUACUUCAUGGGAAAUCAUUCGGACAGAGCCACUGUCUUUUGUGUUUUGGAUUAUCAUAGAGGACUCAUUUCAAGAUCAAGCGAUCAAAAAAUGCUUCUGUAUUGUGUCAUUGAAGCAAUAAGUUGCUUACAGUGGAUCGGUUAGCUUUGUUUUCUUUGGACAGAUUAUGCAGGACCCAAACACCUGCUCUGCAUACUUUACUAAUCUGUUGCAAAUGUUCUUGGAUGGUCAACCAAGGUUGGUUAAGAGUGUUUGACAGUUCCUCAAUUGUCUGACUUUGACACAGAUUUGCUUCCACUUCUGCCCUUAAGAUGUUAUUGUCUAAAGUUGUUGGUCUUUCUGAUUGAUACAUGUCAGAAAGAUCAAAAUUACCAGAUCUGAACUUAGAAACCACCUUUGGCAUUUACGAAUGUCUAAUGCACUUGGAUAAAUAUCACAAAUGUCUUUGGUAGCAACUGUUGCAUUACUACCCUUGUGAAACUCAAAAAGCAUACAAUGCCAGAUAUGUACCUCUUCUGGUAUUUGGCUAGUCAUUUCACCCAAAACUGCAAAAAAAAUUUAAGAUUUAAUUAUUUACAAGUAAACAAGUCACUUUAACCUUAAAAUAUCUUUGGUAUGGCUUUGAAGUACACAAUGAGCUGAUAAAUGAUAAACAAAUAUUGAUAUGUGCAGAAAUGACAUUACUUUCUGGUCCCCCUAAUAAUAGAACCCAUUUCUCAAGUGUUUCCCAAAAUUGGGCCUUUGAAAAUUUAGUGUUUGGCUUAUAAGUCUUUGAAAGUUUUACAUCUCUGAGCAGCGAUAGUCAAAUAGAUAAAAGUGCUAGGCACUGGAGCUAGAUGAUGUAGAUUUGAACCACUGGAAUUUUAGUUUAGCUUUUUUUUGUGUGUGACAUUAUUAUUUUACUAUUGCUGCUAUAUCUGUUAUUAUUCCUUAAAGUUAUAAAACAAGAAAUUAAAAAUUGUGAUGUCAUUUCCUGUUUAACUAAAACAAGGGUUGUGAAUGUGUCUCUUUAAUUUGAUUUUCAGUUCGGUAGACUAUCAUAUACAGCUUUCAGGUUAUGAACUUCUUUUAUUGGUUACAAUGUAUUAAUGUGUAUAUGUAUUUAACAGGUACAACGUAUUAAUGUGAAUAUGUAUUUGAAGUGUUUGUAAAUGGCUGUAUUUUUAAACUCUUUCCAACGUUACCAAUUAUACACCGGGGGUUUUUAGAAAACAGAAUCUGAGUUUGUACUGAAGAGGGACUUAAAAUACAAAUGAGUCCGAAAUGCAUUUGACAAACCAAUAAAAGAAGUUCAUAACCUGAAAGCUGUAUAUGAUAGUCUACCAAACUGAAAAUCGGAUUAAAGAGAGACAUUCACAACGAAAAUAGCAGCUGCCAUAAGUGAUUUUCUGUAAAACAAGGGUAUUAAUUAAUAUUUUUAUGAUAGAGAUAGGUGAUUGAAAUAUUGUAAUUUUAUCUUUUUCAAAUUUUUAAAGUAUUAUAUCAUAGAAAUUUGAGAGAAAUUAAAAUUUGUAUAAUACGUAAUGUUUUAUAAUUUAAGAAUUUUUAUUAUUUAAUAUAUUAACUAAAAUUUUGCUUUGUGUACAUUGUAUCUUUUUAACACACCACCAACUGAUAGGAUAUGACAUCAUUGGCUGACUUCUGUAGAAGGUCAGUGACAUUUUGGAGAGGGUUGUGGCUCAUUGUGCAGAACAAAAAUUUCCAUUUUGUUGCUGUUUCAAGUUUCAGUGUGUGUGUAAGGGUUGUGUAGGUGUAGGGGUGUGUAUAUGUUUAUGUAUAAUGAACCUAGAUAUAUUAUUUAGUUAGAAAAGAAAAAAAUGUGAGAAAGGCAGACACAUAGCUAAAAAUAUAGUUAUAAUGCCACUUACAUAAAUUUGUAUUUUAAUUUUAUUAAAUAAUUAAUUAGCACCCAAUUGGAGAAAUAUUUGAGCAAUGUUGAUUUCUUAAAUUGUACUUAUAUAUAUUUUCAUGGUUAAAUAUAUAUAAAUUGUGGGAAUGGUACAAAAACAAAUUUGUUGAUUAGUAAGACUGCUUUAAAAAUAGAAAAGAAUUAUAUUGAGAACAUUUAACAAUUUUUAUUCAAAUUGUGAUAUGUUAUAUUUUGAUAUUAGGCUUUAUGAACUUAUUGUUUCUAAUUAAUGCUGAAUAUUAUGAAAUAAUGCUAGCUUGAAUUAUUUGAAAUAGUAUUUCACAUAAGAAAAGUUGGAUGUAAACAAACAAUAUGAAAACAGGCUAGGAAAUAAGUUUAAGAUUUUUUGCCUCAUUUAAGAUUUAAAGUCAAAUGGAGGUAACUGGAUUUGUUGGAUUUGGAGAUAUACAAGAUAUAUUCUUGAAGAAAAAUAAAAAAAUCAAAUCUUGUGGUGGUACAAUUAUUUAUGAAAUAAAUACCAAAAGAGAAUUCUUACCUGGUAGAUAUAAUUUGAGUACAUUGCAUGAUUCUAAAGUAAAAAUAGUUCAUCAUGAAAACAUUUCCCCGGAGAAGAUAGAUGAAUAUUUAAUGAAAUCUGAUAUUGGAAAUAAUUUCAAAGUACCAAAUUAUAUGAAUAGAUAUGAUUGGAUGCAUGUAAGAAACUGGGGAUUUCCCAUAGGUUUAUUUUCUGAUGAUGAAUCUUCUACUGAUGAUGAUUAUUCAUCAGUUGAAAAUCCUGACUCAUCAUUUGACUCUAUUGCUAGUACAUCAGACGAGGAGUUAUCUGAUGAUUCCUAUUACAAUAUGGGUGGAUUGAAGAGAUUUCUAAAAUGUUAUACACAGUUUUACAAAGAUGAUGGAGUUUCGUUUAGCAAAAGACGAUUUGAACAUUGUUUCUUCGUCAAUGAUGAAAAUCUCUCAGACAAAUUUUAUAUAGAAGAGGAAAAAUUAAUAAAAAUAAAUGAUAAAAAAGUUAUUGGUUACAUUUUCAAGAUUGUGAAUGGUGACUGGAACUGGAACUUUGGUUGUCUUUUUCAAGACAAAUCUUCUGGCAAGUAUUUUGCCAUGGUGUUGGAAGAAAUGUAUACAACAAGGACAAAGGAGGAGGAUGAAAAUAUUGAACAUGAACAUAUCUGUGAGAAUGAAAAUUUUGAAGUUAAUUUUGAUGAUUUUUGUAUUUAAUUGAAAUGUCCAAUAAAUUUAUGUUUCUGAUGACAUUAUCUAAUUACAUGUACUGUUAAAUGCUAUGUACUUUUUUCACAUAAAGUUUUUAACAAGUUGAAGAUAUUUUUAUUGGGCAGCUUUAACAUUACAUUUUUAACUAAUAAAAUUUGACUGUAUUAAAGGAUUAAUGGAAUUAUAACAUAAUUGUAUGUUCUUUGGAAUUAAGCACAAAUUUGCUACAGAGACCUUAUCAUACAGGA